UCAAGGAGUCAAGGUAAUACUAGCCUCACAUCCUUCGAUUGUAACUGAACUCGAGUAGAUAUACGAGUACUUGUAGUUUUUACUUCCACCAUUUCUAUCUUGAUAAUGAGUGAAGCGAUGUCACCCGUGAGAUGAGAGAGCGUUUCCAUUUUUUCAUGAUGCACAGCUAUGUUGCGGGAAAUAUUCCCGAACAGGUGUCCAAGAUUCAUUUAUUAUGGGGCUGUCGCGAUUCUCCUCGCCUUGGUGUUGUUGGUCAUCCAACGCAACAACUAUUUUAUUCACAAUGGCUCCGGACGCUACUCGAUCACUGGUGCUGUGGCGCAGUUGAGACAAGGUGAUCAUGGCGAUAAGCCACGCGCAGUGGCGAGAAAGAAUGUCGCCAGAGCAGGCCAGGGACCCAGAGGCAGAGGUGGCGGUGGCCAAGCUGCUAUCUCGAGUAGCAGCCGUAGUGUCACAUCGCGAACGACGUCUGACAGACCUAGAGGCGACCCAAUGAAGGGUUUGACCUUGCAAUUUGAUCCAUCGGUAUGGGGAAAGGCUUCGGAUAUGAUAAAAUUUAGCAUCGGAGCAGAGAACAAGUUGACAAUUGAGAAGAGGAAGGACCUGGGUUCUUCCUCACGACCAACGCCAAAAGUCAAUAGCUCCAUGCUUCCUGAUGUUCAUCUAAGCCCCAGCGUCGUCCAGUCCAUCAAGAAAUUCCUCUUCUUCAUUGGCUACCCGCGUAGCACACAUACUCUGGUGGGAACCUUUCUUGAUGCGCAUCCCCAUGUUGUAGUGUCUAAUGAAUACGACAUGACGGCACAGUUUUCUCAGGAUGCAGCCAUGACCAGGCAGACUUUCUUCAGCAAACUGUAUGCGCAGUCUCGGGUUGAUGCUGAGAGGGGUGUUCGCCAUAAGCUGAACUCAACUGUGUUCCGAUCGGACUGCAACAAAACAUUUUCGUAUCAUGUACCUGGCCAAUGGCAAGGACGAUUUCAAGAUACAAUCCAGGUCAUCGGUGAUAAAAAGGGUGGUGGGACCACCAAAUUCACAGCCAGGUCCCGUCAGCGCGUUGUAUUCAGAAAUCUGCUUCAGAUGGUGGCCCUGCCGAUCUACAUUGUUCAUGUGAUACGCAAUCCAUUUGACAAUAUCUCAACCAUGCUUCUGCGCACGUUGAAGGCACGCCGCACUGCAACAAAGACAUCACCAAUCAAUAAUGCAAAAGGUCUGCGUGGUGAGAUCUUAAAGUACUUUCAACUGGCGCAUUUAAAUGUCAAGUUCCAUGAAGACAAGCGCCUCUUUCCCAACAUUCUGGAUAUUCACGCAAAGAAGCUGAAGAAGAUGCCAAGAAAAGUCUUGUUAGAACUCUGCAGGUUUCUGGAGCUGGAAUGUUCCGAGAACUGGCUGAAAGCCUGCACGGCCUUUGUCCGCCCCAGCACGUCUCGUACAAGAGACCUGGUUGUGUGGCCAGAGGACUUGAAACGGAUGGUGCGUGCCGAAAUGGAGAACAUACCAUUCUUACGGGGAAAUUACACCUUUGAGUCGGACUGAUGCUGUGCUGCACGGUAUACAGUCCUUGUAUAAGGCUGAUGCGAAUGAUUCAAACAGUACUGUUGCUGUCACUUCUGACGUAUUCCUAUCAUUUCUCAGACCGGCACUGCUCCCCAUGUGCUUUUUCCGAUGUAGAUCUGUGAGCCUGCGUAAGACUGUGAACUGUACCAGUGGUGCUGCACUGGAUGCAAAGUCAAAGGCUCAUUUUGUGGUACGAUUGUGACUGCGACCAUCUUUUUCCACUUUUAUUGUAUCGUUCUCCCGCUGUCUUUCCGUCUUGAGCUAGAUUUUCAAAAAAAUUGCCACAAACCGCACGUCUCUACCGCUUCGUGAAAUGACCCGUGUUAUAGGCGCUUUACACACAUUCCCAUGGCACUCAAGAUAGACGCUUGCAUGGCCUGUGCAGUUUUUGCGUUGCACUGUGUCAGUAUUACUGCCAUCCCUUGUCCUACCUACCUGCAGGAAAGACGGCAAGACAAGGUGUCCUCAUGGUUACUUCCAUCAUAUUGAGUCUCAGUGGUUCAGUUACUUUCUUGUCAAGUUUUUAUUCAUUUUAGGUGUCCUCAUGGUGGUGGUGCUGAUCAUAUCUUCACUUGUUGGUUUCAAGUGACUUUCUUGGCCAGUUUUAUUGAUUCUUUAUUCAUUAUCUAUUUUUGUAGAAUGCAGUUUGAACCUGAGUGCUCAUUGCCUGUACCUCAUUAUUUACUGACCCACAUGCUGGCUUAUUUUUAUAGGUAACAUGGCUAUAUCCUAGUCCUUCCAUUCUUCUAACAUGACUGUUUUAUUAUUAUUAUUAUUAUUUUUUACGAAAGUCCACUAUAUUCCCGAAUAUGUGC